ACAUCUGCCGCCCCUCGGGCUCCACGCGGCGGAGAGCCGCCCUCCCCUCAAGAGAGCGAGCGCGCGCGCGGGCGGCCCCGCGGCUACCCCCGGCCGCUCCUGGCCCCGCGGCUCCUCGAGGCGAGCGCGCAGAGCCGCUCGCGGCGCCCACCCGCCGGGCAGCAGGCUGCGAUGUCCGUGCUGGGAGGCCUGUUCGGCUCCGUGUGCACGGUGGACAUCACCUACGACGCGGAGCAGAAUCGCAAGACGGCGCCGCUGGGAAAGGACAAGAAGGGGGAGCGCGCCUACAUCUACACGGACGGGGAGGACGUGACUGGCUCGGCCGUGGUCAGCGUGCGGCCAGGCAAGAAGAUGGAGCACCAGGGCAUCAAGGUGGAGCUCGUCGGGCAGGUGGACAUGCUCUACGACAAGGCGAGUUCCUACGAUUUCUUCACCAUCACCAAGGACCUCGAGCCGCCUGGGAACCUGUACGAGUCGAAGCAGUACAGCUGGAAAUUCGGCGCCGUGGACAAGCAGAACGAGACCUACAGCGGGAUCAAUGUGCGCCUGCGCUACUUCGUUCGGAUCACCGUGAUUCGCAACUACGCGAGCAACAUCACGAAGGAGAUCGACAUGGUCGUGCAGAAUCUCUACCCGCAGCCAGAGCUCAACAACACGCUGAAGAUGGAGGUGGGAAUCGAAGAUUGCUUGCACAUCGAGUUCGAGUACGACAAGGCGAAAUACCACUUGAAGGAUGUUGUUGUGGGUAAGCGCGGCGGGUGGAUAUUUCCUCCUUGUCCGCAUCAAGAUCAAGCACAUGGAGCUCAACAUCGUCCGCCGCGAGAGCACCGGCGGCUCUGGCGGCGCCCAGCAGUCCGACAACGAGACCCUGACCAAGUUCGAGAUCAUGGACGGGGCGCCUGUGAAGGACCAGUGCAUCCCGGUUCGGCUCUACAUGAGCGGGUUCGACCUGACGCCCACGUACAAGAACGUCCAGAACAAGUUCUCCGUCAAGUACAUGCUGAACCUCGUGCUGAUAGACGAGGAGGACCGGAGAUACUUCAAGCAGCAGGAGAUCUUCCUUUGGCGGAAGAAGAUCGGGUAGUCCCGCGUGCGCGCAGUGCCUGGCGCGCCCGCUGAUUGCGCCAGGCUUGGGCCAGCGUCGCCGGACCACGGUGUGGAGUGCAGACCAUUGGAUCGCUUGCUGCUGGCGAUGUACGGUGCGCUUGCCGCGUCUCUUUAGAGGGACCAUUGCUCAGUCUGGUCGGGGAGACGUUUGGGUCCGCUGUUAUCUCCUCGGUGCAAGGCGAGUUGGCGUACAGAUGGCUCCUGAGCCGGUCCCCCGUUUCUACCGCGCGCGCUUCUUGCUCAUAUUGUGUUUUUGCCGUGUGCGCAACUAUGCCAAGUCGGAUCUCGAUUCGGCAUGUCAGUUCUGGAGUUCUCAGAGAAUUAUGGGCUGUGAGGCGAGGGCUUUGCAGCGUACCGUAGAUGUGCGUUCUCCGUGGAACACAAAACUGUUUUGCAGCGGCUUGCCGAGAAAACAUGCGAGCCGACAUGUUCAAGCGGCUCGGAAUAGUUUUGCCGCAACGUGUCUCCUGUUGCAUUGCCGCGCGAAUUCGCCACCGCGCUUAGGCGGGCGCCUGCCAGGGGUCAUUCCGACCCCGCCGGCCCGAUUCAAUUUGUGGCAGUGUUCUUCAAGUGCGCCGUGUAUGGUCACUUGAGCGUCGGACCGCUCAUUGUGUGAGAAGUUAUCCGGGUCACUGCCGCAGCCGCGUGCCUCCUGGCUGAGGCACGCAGACACGGCACUCGAAUUCAACUACGGCAGCCUUGGGUGUAGGACCGACGCGCGCCGCUUCUGAACAUGUCACAUCGGAGCGAAAGCUCAUGACGGG